AUGAUCGGCGCCGGCGGCCUCGGUUCGCCGGCACUGACCUAUCUGGCCGCGGCCGGUGUGGGGACGCUGACCGUCAUCGACGAUGAUGCCGUGUCGCUGUCAAACCUGCAGCGGCAGACGCUGCAUAUGACCGACGCGGUCGGGCAACCGAAGGCGCAAAGCGCCGCUGCGCAGAUUGCCGCGAUCAAUCCGCAUGUUCGGGUCGAUGGCCGGGCCGAGCGGCUGGCACCGGACAAUGCCGAAUCGCUUCUUUCCGGUCACGAUGUGAUCAUGGACGGGUCGGACAAUUUCGAAACACGCCGCCUUGCCGCCGAUGUGGCCGAGCGGCUCGAAACGCCGCUCGUUACCGGCGCGAUCCAGCGCUUUGACGGAUCGGUCACUGUGUUCGCGCCUUUCAGGAACGAUGAGGACGGCAAGCCGUUGCCGCGCUAUCGCGAUCUUUAUCCCGACCUGCCCGCGCCGGGAACGGUGCCGACAUGUGCCGAGGCCGGCGUUCUGGGGGCGCUGGCCGGCGUCAUCGGAUCGCUGAUGGCCACCGAAGCGAUCAAGCUGGUGACAGGGGCGGGAGAACCGCUUUUCGGCCGCCUGCUGCUUUAUGAUGCGCUGUCGACACGGUUUGAGACGAUGCGAUAUGGCCGGCGCGCUUGA